AUCAUUCACCUCUCUCAGCUAGUUGGAAUUUAUCUAUGGAAGCUACACCACAAGACGGAUGUCCUCGUCGUCUCUGAAGACGUCGAGAUGUUGAAAGUCUUAAACGCUCUAGAGUAUGCACCCGAGCCAGCGACAUUGGUCACGAUCUACAUCGUCCUGGGAGAAUAUCUACUUUUCAAGCGGCAGCUCGAUACUGGCCGGCAGUAUCUCAUCAAGGCCUCCAAUGUAAUGUCAUUACAGGACUUGCAAACAUCUACGCCAAGCCUGGACGCUCUACUCAUGGUUGGUGAGCCCGAGGAAGACACAAAGGAGUAUCUUACCGCUUUGGGACAACUCACCUACGUCGACAAGGCGACUAGCAUGGUUAUCGGGUGGACACCGUUUCUGGAUCAUGAGUAUGAGAAGCAGCUGAAGCAGCUGGUGUUGUCUCAACCAUGGUUUGCCACACACUCCGCCGUCGCGCUGCGGUGCAAGAGCUUAUUGUUGCUGCGGGAAGCGAUGCGACUCUCACGUAUACGAGCGUCAGCCGCAAGCAAGUCAUCGGAGCGGCUAGAGACGGCCCUCCCUCUCGAGUGGUACACACAGUACUGGGAGAUGCUAGAGGACACCUGGCGCCACAUCGCGCUGCUCUAUCCGCAGAUGCUCCAGUCGAGCCUCUAUCCAGACCUCGAGCAGCACACGCUCUGCUUGAAGACCUGUCUCAUCGUCUCGCUCAGCGCGCAGAUCGAGAUGCACAACAUGCCAAGCUUCUUCCACCUCGAGUCGCGCCAGAAGGCGCUGAGCACCGCCAUCGAGGUCAUCGGCCUGACGAAGGGCUGGAAGGAGGAGGACUACGCGAUGCUCGAGCCGACACUCGGGAUCUGCCACGGGAUAGUCGCAAAUGCGCUGCGCGACGAUCGCAGACUGUACGCCGGCAGCCCAGACGAGUUCGUCAAGAUACAGGAGGCCCUGGCCGUCCUGAUCACGUCGACCACCUUGCUGGCGGACAAGAUACCGUACCUCGGUGCGUUGUCUUUGUUCAGCAGCCGUCGAUACUCCUGA